AACUCAACUAUAUUAUAUACACAUAAAACCAUUACUUCCAUCCAUAUAACACUUUCGAUAAAAACACAUAUUUCUAUCGUCCUCUUCUGCUGGUCUACUCUAGUGGGGUACAAUUCUCUUCUACAUAACUCUUCAAUACCCUACUUCACUUUCUUUCACCUUUGUCUGAUUCCAAACAGGGGGGGGUCCUACAAACAUUGGUGGGACAUUUUGUGUUGCAUGAAGUGAGGUUGUUUUAGGGUUUGUAUCGAUUAAAGUAAUCUUCUACAAAAUGGAGAAAGAUAACGACUUUUCGGCACCAUCCAUGCCUUCAAGUUUCAACACACUUGACUACUCCAUUGAUCAUCAUCAUCAACAACAACAACAACAACAAUACGAACAACUCAUGAAGUAUCGAAUCGGCGAAGAAACAUCGUGCGAAAACAACAACGGAAUUGUUGAUUACAUGCCUCAAACAGGAGGCAGCAGCUUUUAUGGUUCAAAUUCUUUUGAUAAAUUGAGUUUCGCAGAUGUUAUGCAGUUUGCAGAUUUCGGACCAAAAUUAGCCUUAAACCGCGGAGAAGAACCCGGGAUCGAUCCGGUUUAUUUUCUCAAGUUUCCUGUGUUGAACAACAAGAUGGAAAACCAAAACACGAUGUUGAAUAAUGAAGAUUGUGGUGGUGGAGGUGAAAAUAAUGAAAGGUUGAAAUUGGUAAACAUGGAAGAAAAAUCAAGAGAAGAUCAACGGGAAGAAACUCGGGUUUCGGAAGAGAAUAACUCGGUGCAGCAGAUGCAGUUUAAUGGAGAACAGGAAGAGAUACAAGAAGAGAAGAAUUGUGGAGUGCAAGAGAACAACAAGAAGAGGAAGAGACCACGAACUGUUAAGACAAGUGAAGAAGUUGAGAGUCAACGCAUGACUCAUAUAGCAGUUGAAAGAAAUAGAAGGAAGCAAAUGAAUGAGCAUCUUCGUGUUCUCAGAUCCCUCAUGCCUGGUUCAUACGUGCAAAGGGGUGAUCAAGCAUCAAUAAUAGGGGGAGCUAUAGAGUUCGUGAGGGAAUUGGAACAACUUCUUCAAUGUUUAGAAUCACAAAAGAGAAGGAGACAAGUUGGAGAUUCAUCUCUCUCAACAACACAACAACAACCUCCAUUUUUUCCUGCUACUUUGCCAUUACCAAAUGAUCAUGACAUGAAGCUAGCUGAGAUGGAAACACCUGGACUUCAUGAAGAAACAGCUGAGAGUAAGACAUGUUUGGCUGAUGUGGAAGUCAAGCUUUUAGGGUUUGAUGCAAUGAUCAAAAUCCUAUCAAGGAGAAGGCCUGGACAGUUGAUCAAGACCAUUGCUGCACUUGAAGAUAUGCAGUUACUUAUCCUUCAUACUAACAUUACCACCAUUGAACAAACUGUUCUUUAUUCAUUCAAUGUUAAGGUUGCUAGUGAUACAAGGUUAACAGCAGAAGAUAUAGCCACCUCCGUUCAGCAAAUACUCAGUUUUAUUCAUACAAACACUAGCAUGUGAUCUUUAUUAUAUUUUAUGUACCUAUUUUAUAUAUUUUUUAAUGGCAUUUACCUAUUAUAUA